AUGAAAAAUGAUCGAAUAGUCCUCGUCGCUCCACUUGUCCCCGACUGGACGGCUCAGAUUGACAUGGGAUGGGUAUUUAAACAUCGUAUCGUAGGAGAACUUAACCCUAGCCAUCCAGCUCUCGCCGGAGAAGAAGAACCAGAUGCCAGAGAAAGAGGCCGAUCCCCAGCUGCUGCUGCAUCGGAACCACCGCCGACUACCAAAAAAAGAUUUCUUGAGAAAAAAUUCUACCCAGUUCAAGGCCAACCAUAUAGGAUUCUACUGGACACAGACGUUGAUACAGAUGAUUUCUUUGCUCUCUUCUACCUCCUCAAGCUUAACAGAUCAGAAUUUGAGUUAGAGGCGGUCACUAUCAGCGCAAAUGCAUGGACUGAUGCCGGACAUGCUGUUAAUCAGUUAUACGACAUGCUUUACAUGAUGGACCGAGAUAUAGCAGUUGGAGUGGGAGGUGAAGGUGGGAUAAAAGCAGAUGGCACCAUUCUCAGAAAUGUUGGUGGAUAUCUUCCUUUAAUUGAACAGGGGAUGACGACAACCGGAGGCUGUAGAUACAGGCAAGCAAUUCCAGUAGGUCUCGGAGGACGAUUAGAUGUUGAUACGAACUAUGGCCUGCGGAAAGCAUUCCUUCCACAGGGUAGCAGGAGAUACUCUCCUCUCCGACAACCUACUGCGCAACAAGUGAUGAUUGACACAGUAUCGGCUGGUCCGGUAACUGUCAUACUCACGGGAGCUCACACAAAUUUCGCCAUUUUCCUCAUGAGUAAUCCACAAUUAAAGAAGAAUGUUAAGCAUAUAUACAUUAUGGGAGGUGGUGUAAGGUCUAAAAAUCCAACUGGCUGUUGCCCUCCAAAUGCUUCCAUUUCUUGCCAGCCAAGACAGUGUGGUGACCAUGGCAAUCUGUUCACAGACUAUAAGAGUAAUCCUUACGGAGAGUUCAACUUCUUCGGUGAUCCUAUUGCUUCUUACCAGGUUUUCCACUCCGGGAUUCCCAUCACGCUUGUUCCCCUCGAUGCAACAAAUACAAUCCCGAUAAAUGCUAAGUUCGUCAAGGAAUUCGAGCAGAACCAGUACACAUAUGAGGCACAAUACUGCUUUCAGUCAUUGAAAAUGGCACGGGACACUUGGUUUGAUGACCAUUUCUAUACAAGCUACUUCAUGUGGGAUUCUUUCACAUCUGGUGUAGCAAUCUCAAUCAUGCGUAAUUCGAGUUAUAAGAGUAAUGGGGAAAAUGAAUUUGCUGAAAUGGAAUACAUGAAUAUAACUGUAGUUACUUCAAAUGAGCCUUAUGGAAUCUCAAAUGGCUCAAACCCGUUCUUUGAUGGCCGUAAAGUUCCAAAGUUCAACUUAAAAAAAGGAGGAGUUCAUAGUGGUCAUGUACAAAAAGGGGUAAGAGAUCCAUUUUGCAUUGUGGAGAAUGGGAAAGGGAGAUGCAAGGAUGGUUUUACGGAAGAGGUAGAUGGUCCGGAGGGGGUACGUGUUCUUGUUGCAACAAAAGCAAAACCCAACAAGGAUAUUGAAAGUGAGCUUGAUAGAGAAUUUUUCAAAAGCUUCUUGGAUAUUCUAAAUCUCCCUCAACAAGCUGGAAGGUUUAAUCUGUCAACACAGUUUCCUUACUACAAAGAAGUGUUCCACAAAGCAAAUUUCGGAACGAGAAUUCCGGGGAAACCUUUCAUAUUCGACAUGGAUAUGAGUGUUGGAGAUUUCCUAGCACUGUUCUAUCUCCUGAAAGUGCCAGUUGAAGUAAUUGACCUUCAGGCAAUACUAGUGACUCCGACUGGAUGGGCUAAUCCUGCUACAAUAGAUGUAAUCUACGAUUUGCUGCAUAUGAUGGGUCGCGACGACAUCCCUGUUGGUCUCGGAGAAAUGUUCGCGAUGCAACAAUCUGACUCAGAUUUCCCAGGUGUUGGAAACUGCAAGUACCUUAAGGCCAUCCCACAAGGGAGUGGUGGACUUCUGGACUCAGACACUCUUUACGGGCUGGCUCGUGACUUGCCAAGAAGUCCUAGAAGGUAUACUGCGGAAAACUCUGUGAAGUUUGGUGCUCCUCGGGAUACUGAUCACCCGGAACUCAGGCAACCUUUAGCAAUGGAAAUUUGGGAUUCUGUUGUGGGAAAUAUGAAUCAAGGAUCUAAGAUUUCAAUACUGACCAAUGGACCCUUGACUAAUUUAGCAAGGAUCAUUUUGGAUAGGACAAAUUUGACCUCUCUAAUUCAGGAUGUAUACAUUGUUGGAGGACACAUGAGGAAUGGCAACAUGGCCAAAGGAGACGUCUUUACUGUCCCUUCAAAUAAGCAUGCAGAAUUCAAUAUGUAUCUUGAUCCUUUAUCAGCAAAGACAGUUCUCGAAUCUCGACUCAAUAUCACAAUUAUUCCACUUGGAGCUCGUCGUAGCAUAAGCUCAUGUCGUAGCAUGCUAGAAAGGCUGUAUAAGGCAAGGGACGCAACACCAGAGGCUCAGUUUGCUUACAAUUUGCUGUCAACACUACACCAUUUGCAGCAGACUUGUCGAAUAUAUAGGCACAUGGAAACCUUCUUGGGAGAGAUCUUAGGUGCAGUAUUUGUUGCUGGUGAUCAUUCAUUACUAAAACCUACCUUGCAAGGCAAGCAUAUCAAGGUCAUUGUCGAAGGAGUUGAAUCGAAAGACGGAGAAAUAGUAAUAGAUCGGAAGAAAGGAAAAUUGGUGAGAGUAUUGGAAAAAGUGGAUGCUAUAGCAUACUAUGAUAUAUUUGUAGAUCAGCUCAGGAGUAAAAGUCAGUCUGCUGUUGUAGGAUCCUUUGAUGAGCAGAUGAAAAAGUGGACCACACCACCUAAUCAAACUGGUCUUGAAUGA